AUGACAGCUAUGAAGGGCAUGUCCAACACUCGUUUCUCCCGAGUCGAGGGUAGCAGCGUCAUUGAGCUCCGUGGCGGCAUUCAUGUGCGAUCAUCUUCUAGCUGCGAAACAGCUAGCAGACCUGAAAUCCGAUUGAGCGAUGCUCUUCGAAUCCGUCGCGACACUGUGAACACGAGCCAUCCACUCAUCACUCAAUUGCCGAUGAUCGGGAAGACGAAGAAAUUCCCAUCCCCCCAUAAAAUAUUCGAUAUAAAGAUGAAGUAA